AUGAAGUUCUUUAUUUGCAGCUUAGUGGCAUUGAUGUGGUGCAGCCUGUGUGGUGCGCAUAAUGUGUUGCUACCGGCUUACGGAGAGCGUUGCUUCUUCGAAACGCUUAGCAAGAAUGAUGAAUUGGCAGUUUCCUUCCAAUUUGGCGACAGAGCUCCAGAUUCCACAGAGCAACUGAAGGGCGACUUCAUCAUGUAUUCUUCAGACAGGAGAGAUGCUCUUAGAACGUUCAGAGACGUCUCUCAUGGUGACGUGCGCUUGAGAGUGCCCCAUGGAGGCAAAUUUGAGUACUGUUUCGUGAACAUAAACUCGGGAGCAACAACCAAGGAUGUCACCUUCAACAUUGAGGGCACUAUAUUUGUGGAUCCUAAUGACCCCAAGUCCGACUCUCUUGACGGCGCGGUCAAACAGCUUUCUAGAUUGACAAAGGAACUGAAAAACGAGCAGAGCUACAUCGUCAUUAGAGAGAGAACCCAUAGAAAUACCGCAGAGUCCACCAAUGACCGUGUCAAGUGGUGGUCUGUGUUCCAGCUCGGUGUUGUUAUCGCCAGUUCUCUUUUCCAAGUGUACUACUUGAGAAGAUUCUUUGAGGUUACUUCUUACGUGUAA